AUGAAGUGUAAAAAUCAAAUAUCGAUACUCAAUAGAAGGUUUCUAACAACUAAAUCAAAGAUUACUUCUCCUCAUACGACAAACUCUGUCUCAAAUCCAACCAGUUUGAUUCAAGAUAUUGCUCUUAGACAAAAAUUGUAUAUAACAGACCCUGUUUCCCCUGGUUCCAUCUUUUUUUUACCAAAUGGAACCAAAAUAUUCAAUAAAUUGGUACAGUUUAUGAAAUUACAACAACAACAAUCUUUAUUCCAAUACAAUGAAGUCAUAACCCCCUUAAUCUAUAGAAAAUCCUUAUGGGAAAGAUCUGGUCAUUGGGAAAAUUACCAAGAUGAUAUGUUUAAAGUGGAAGGGAUCGACUUAUCCAAGAAAACUUUGGGUUUAAAACCUAUGAAUUGCCCAGGUCAUUGUGUAAUGUUUAGCAGAUUUGAUCAUUCAUAUCAAGAAUUACCAAUUAGAUACACAGAUUUCUCUCCAUUACAUAGAAAUGAGGCCUCAGGGGCUUUAAGUGGACUAACACGAUUAAGAAAAUUUCAUCAAGAUGAUGGUCAUAUCUUCUGUACAAAGGAACAAAUCGAAUCUGAAAUAGUUAACUGCCUGAAAUUGGUAGAUCUUUGUUAUAAUCAAGUGUUUAAAUUUAAUAAAACAAGCGAUUCCGCACUGAGUUACACUAUUAACUUGUCAACUAGACCUACUGAUCAUUACAUUGGUGACAUAUCUGUGUGGAAUCAUGCUGAAGAUGUCUUAAAAUCCGUCCUCAAGAAAAUAAAUAAACCAUGGCAAUUAAAUGAGGGAGAUGGUGCAUUCUACGGUCCUAAAUUAGAUAUUAUGGUACCUGAUCAUAAUGGCAAAAAACAUCAAGUAGCCACCAUUCAAUUAGAUUUUCAAUUACCACAAAGAUUUAAUUUAAAAUUUAAAAAUAAAAAUAAUGAAUAUGAAAUGCCAAUUAUGAUCCAUAGAGCUAUUUUUGGUUCUAUUGAAAGAUUUAUGGCUCUAUUAAUUGAACAUUAUAAGGGAAAAUGGCCAUUUUGGUUGAACCCAUGCCAAGCGAUGAUUAUUCCUAUAAAGACCGACAAUAAAAAACAAGUAGAUCAAUGUAGAAAGUUAAAAAAAAGAUUGUGUGGGGAAGUUAAUGACUAUAAUAGUGAUACUUUAAAACCAAUGCCAUUCAAUAGUCAUUGUUUUAAUGUUGAUAUUGAUGAAAGGUCAGAAUCUGUUGGCUACAGAAUCAAAGAUGCAUUAUAUAAAGAUUACUCUUAUUUAAUUAUUGUUGGUGAAAAUGAGGCUAACAAUAACACUUUUAGCGUGAGAACAAGAGAAGAUAGGACCAUACAUCAAUUAACAGAAGAUGAAAUCUACGAAAAAUUUUGUGAAUUAGAAAGGAGCUUUCAGUGA